AUGGAGCCGAGUGAGUGGGAGCGAUGGCCGCACGCCUUCGUGCAGACGCCCGAGGGACUCCGCGUGCACUUCGUGGACGUGGGGCCUAAGGACGGACUCCCCGUCGUGAUGGUGCACGGGUGGCCCGACCUCUGGUUCGGCUGGCGGCACCAGAUCCAAGCCCUCAGCCCCAAGUACCGACUCAUCGUGCCAGAUGUCCGCGGCUUCGGUCAAAGCUCGACGCCGCCCAAUACCGAGGCCUACGGAGCCAAGAACAUCUGCAACGACCUGGUGGCGCUACUGAACGAGCUGAAGAUCGACAAGGCUGUGUUCAUCGGCCACGACUGGGGUGGCCGCCACAUCUGGAGGUUCGGCCUCUAUUAUCCCGAGAGGGUCAUCGCUCUCUGUGCAGUGUGCACACCGUACGACCCACCGAGGAAGACGUAUCUGUCGCUGGAGAAGGUGGUGGAGAUGGUGCCUCAGUUCAAGUACCAGCAGUUCCUGGCCAACACCGCCGUCUCCGGAAAAGUGCUGGACGCCUCGCCUCGUCGGCUGUUCACUGCCAUGUUCCGCAAGCCGUCGGAAAUGGGGCCUCGAGAGACUCGCAUGUCCCUGCGGAAGACGCUCAUGGCCGUCGACUCGGAUGUGGACCACCCGGUGUUUACCCAACGCUCGACGCUGCUCUCUGAGGCCGAGCUGGAGUACUAUAUCCAGCAGUACUCAAGCAGCAAGUUCGCCAGUACGUGCCAGACCUACGCCACGGGCAAGAUCGACUUUGAGAACGAGCUGCAGCUGCCCCGAGUGGUCAAGCACCGGGCGCUGUUCAUUGGCGCGGCUAAGGACGCGGUGCUCAAGCCCGAAAUGGCACGAGGCAUGGCCAAGGUGGUGCCGAACCUGGAGACGAGAGUGAUCCAGGAUGCAGGCCACUGGGUGCUUUGGGAGCAGAAGGAAGAGGUGAACGCAAUCCUGUCCGAGUGGCUGGCCAAGAUUGCUGCCAGUAUCCAGGAUAGCAACCCCAGCGCGAAGCUGUAA